UAUGCUUGGUCUGAUUAUUCUCUUUCUCUCCUUCCUCCCAGGAAGGAGAGGGUUUGAGAUUGAAACCCGACACCUGGACGUGUAUCCAAACCACCCGGAGCAGAUUAUAAAUGGAAAAGUUAGUUCCUUAACUCCACAACUCAUAGAAAUAAGUACACAUGAGUUCUCCAGUCUUGCUCUAAACCUUAGAACUGAACUGUUCACCCCUACAUGGAUAAACUCUAGUCUCAUCUCUUCAUUCUCAGUAUUAAACAGGUCCCAGACUGAAGAUGAUUUGCUUAUCCCUGAAAUUGAUAAUUCAACUUUGCUGUUCUUUAAAGAUGUAACUGAGCACCCGAUAGAAUUUAUGGCUCGAGACACUGGCGCCGGAUACUGGAGUUUACCGUCAAGACGACAUAGCUUUAGUAAUUACUCCGAGAGAACUCUAUGUCCCUCAGACGAUAUUAUUAGGUUGAGCAUCAGCACUACCAAUAGGAAUCAGCUGUCCUAUAGAAUAAUAUUAAGGCCUCAGCAGUUUGUUCUUGAAAAAGAUAAGACAGUCUCCAACGUGAUGAUUAGUUCCAACUCAAGAAAAGUUUUUUUCUACGAGUUUACAGAUAAAACUGAAGAAGUUCUAAUAAGAGUAAUGAAUGAAUCUACCCCUGUGUGUGGUGUAUUAUCAGUGCAACCUGGAAGUAUGUGUGAAGAGGAGGAUCUAGCGGAAACAAGUUCAGAUCUCAAGGGAGGAUAUGGAAGGAAGCAUCUAACAUUCCUAGAGAGAGGAUCUAUCCCUGCCUCUCAAGUUGGAAGAAAAAGGGGAUUGAUAAUAACCCUACUCCACUCCAACAACCCGGAGAAAUGUUCUAACACCACAAAUCUCCAAUACGAGAUGGAAAGCAGGAGUGGAAUGGUUUCGAUUACAGUAGAGAAGAUGGAAGACUACAGAUGGAUGUCUAUAGUCCUUGUUCUAGCAACUUCAUUUAUUAUAGUCCUUCUAUCCUGGGUAGUCAGCUACUGCUGUUAUAGGUAUAAACCAGAUCUUUCAACUGAAAACCAAGAUAUAGAGAUGGAGCAGAGCAUGGAUCAUGAUACUAGAAAGGAUAUUAUUGAUCUUCUAAAGAAAGGAAAUGAGGAUGAAACAGACAAGAAUAAGGUAUCAACUAGAGUAAAGAAUAGAAGGCGGAUGUACUAUGGUAUUAAACUAGAUGAUGCGGAUGUCCACAGUCGAACAGAACAAUGGAUUCUAAUGGAUAAAAAGACAGUAAUUGAACUGAGAUCUAAGGAGAGUCCAAGUGUAUCUAAUUACUCAUUAAUGCUGGUAGAUAACAGUAUAUUUAGUAAAUAUACCCAGAGAGAUACUGAGAACUAUGUUUGGUUGAUAAUUAUGAUGGGUGUGUUCUAUACUCUACCAGUUAUCCAGCUCGUCUUUGCACAUCAAGAGAACGUUGUGAAUACAGGUGACCUCGAUAUCUGCUACUUUAAUUUUGAAUGCUUGAACGAAGUUGGUCCUAUUCUAGACUUUGGACAUGUUUUCAGCAACAUAGGUUACAUCAUAUUUGGUAUAGCAUUUGUGUGUAUAGUGUUCUAUAGAAGAAAAAUCCAUCUUGAUUAUAUUAACAAGUUUAUGGAAAUAGAAUCAGAUAAUCACGCUGUUAUUCAUCCGAAUGAUACAGGAAUCCCUGAACAGUUUGGAAUAUACUUUGCUAUGGCAGGAGCUUCUAUAGGAGAAGGAAUCCUUAGUGCAUGUUUCCACAUCUGCCCAACAAAUAUCAAUUUCCAGUUUGACACAACCUUCAUGUACGCUUUAUCUCUUCUCAUAUUUCUGAAAGUAUUUCAAUUCAGACAUUCAGACAUUACUCCAUCCCCCCGGACAACUUAUCUUCUGAUCAGCUUUAUCCUGGUUGUUGAAGUCAUAGGAUAUUUUGUUGAUCAUAUUGUUUUCUGGGUCAUUUUUAUUCUUUCCUACCUAGUGAUAGUUUAUGUUGCAAUAGUACAGAUCUAUUGUACAAGAGGACUUUCAACUAUUCUGGAAUUCUCAUGGGAAAAUCUUAAAAAACUUGUAACCCCAGCUGAGUGGAAUUUAGAAUGUUUUAAACCUGUCAUAUUUGUAUUGAUAGCAAACAUUAGCCUGGCAGUAUAUAUCUUGGUUACACACAGUCCAGGGGUGUCCUCAUACAUCCUACUCAUCCUCAUGCUCAAUAUGCAGAUGUACUUCAUGUACUACAUCUACUGUAAGCUAUGGUAUUCUUACAUCGAUAAGAGAGAGGGAGAGAAGAUUGGUGGUAUGACUUGGCUGUUUGCUGGGCUAGCACUGGCUUGUGUUAUAACUUCAGGUUGGUUCUACACAAAUAUUGAAAGAUCUUCUUUAGAAACUCCUGCUAUUUCAAGGUUGGUCCUAGGGGUUGGAAAUUGAUCCCUGUCUAACGUUUGUUUGUCCGUACAAAAUGAGUGUGUGUCUGAGGUAUAAACAAAACGCCCAAUCAAUAAAAUGUCCAAUAGAAAAACGCCCAAUUCAACAAAACGCCCAGUGCAACAGAA